AUGUAUGCGACAAUCUCGCCAAUUGUAGUGCUCAACGACUCCACGCGGAUUCUUGCUGACCUGUUUUAUCGCCUAUCAACGUUCAAGGGUGAGUUCGGCUUCCGUGUCUCGCUUCGCCUGGGUUACCUCAAAGACCCUAUGCCUAUGCUUUCCAACUGUAUUUUUCACCAAAAGUGCUACAGGGAGACAACACGUGUCAUUGGGGAGACAUAUAAACUGCUGGAGGUUCUUCCAGCGUCUGUUUUUGAGAAGCUUCUCUAUGCGUUUAUAUUCCCUGAAAAGCCUGCCCCUGCACCGAGGGCAGGCUCCUCUGUUCUAAAGCCAUCAGACCUACCUCCCUUCGACCUUAAUUUUAGGCGUAGCAUGCAAUCAGAGCUUAAUUCUGUUAUAGUUACAGAGAACCAUACUGACGGCGUUCUUACGCAUAAAUACAUUCAGCAUGAAUUUUUUUCAUCGACACUUGUCUGCGGUGGUGCCACACGCCUCUUAGUCGAACAAGUUGUCGAAGACACCCGUGCAAUCUCGGCCAAUACCUGCGAAGUUUAUAAGUGGUCGCGCUGCAUACGUCUAGGAGAUACACUCAAGGAUAGUGACCUUCUAGCACAACUGCCUUUGCAGUUGGUGUUCGAACUUGAGGAAACAACCUUCGAGACUCGCUACCUUUUCAGAGUAGAAGUUCUGCAGAUUGAUGAACUUUUGGAGGUAGGAUCCCGUGAGCUUAGUAAUAUAGACUACGAAGCUGAUAUUCAAGCGGCUCAAAAAUGUCUUACAGAGACUCUUUUCUGGAAGUACGCCGACGCCAUCUUACGACUUCAGGCAGGCGUGGACAGAAUUCUCAGCCUUAGCUAA